AUCUUUCUCCCAUCUUCACCCACUUCAACACACUCCUUUUCUUGAAUGCUGGUCCAGGCCUAACCUCCUCAUCUGUCCUCUACCGUACCUGUCCCUCACUCCAAAGUGUUGUUCCAGCCUGUGACGUGGACAAAUAGCCAACCUGCCAUCGUUGCUUCAGUGCGUCUUCCUUCCUCCUCCCUGCGGAUGGCAGGUUGACGGCGGGCACUGUGCAACACAUACAUAUGGCCAAGCGAACUGCCUCAGCUGCCCUUGAUCAAUCUGGACGGCCCUCGGAGAAUUCCAUUGCUACAGCCCCAUCUGCUCAGAACCCGACUUCUCAGGCAACUUCCCUCUCCUCCACAUCUCCACCCUCUCUGAGAAUAACGCGUUCCGCUGCAAGGCUCGCUGCAGAAAACCCAUCCACGCCUGGCGCACGUCCUGGCUCGAACCCAGCCUCCAACCCGUCCACCUCAUCCCAAUCUCGGAAGCGGAAAGCUUCAAAUCGCCGUGAGAAAGAGUCACCUGCACCUGAACAAGAGCAAACCCCUUCGACUAGGUCGCCACCCAGGAGAGCAAAGAGGCUGAAGACAGCUGCACCGACUACAAAUACCAAUCAACAACCCCCCCGGUCAUCAGCACCACGUCAAUCCCACCGACAGGCAGCGAUGUCACAAGCAGGAUCGUCUUCCCGCGAACCAGAUGACAUAUCCAAAGGAACCCAAUCCACCUCCAAACCGAAAUCAUCUAGGCACAGAAAGCCGUCUCAAGACAAUAAUUCGCGUCAAUUAUCCGCUGCUCGCCACCACAAGAGACGACAAUCCAAACGUGACUCCGACACUACCAUGAAAGACGCAGAUGACAUUCAGGAUGAAGGUGCAGGAAGAAGUGGAACAGAUGUGUCAUCUCCAAAUAGCGAAGAACACCCACGAAAUGAGUCGGAUCUAAAUAAUGAGGACAGCGGGGACCCGUUUCGCAGUCACUUAUUUGGCUCUCGAAGCCCUCUGGAGCUGCAGAGCACAUUGCGAGCGCUGAGUGGGAUGAUGUCUGGUAUUUCGACAAGAUUACGGGAUAUCCUUGUGAAUUUGAGAAUGAAAGAUGAUCCAUCCAUCCAACUUAUCGCUUUGCAAGAACUAUCCGACCUGUUACUUGUCUCCAAUGAAGAUACUCUUUCUGGACAGUUUGCGGCCGAUUCUUAUGUGAAGGAGCUCGUUACUCUCAUGGAGCCAAGUGAGACUGGCGAAGAAAACCCGGAGAUUAUGCUCCUUGCGUGUCGCUGCCUGGCAAAUUUAAUGGAGGCCAUUCGAGGCUCUGUUGCAAAUGUUGUCUAUGGAGGAGCAGUUCCGGUUCUUUGCCGAAAACUGUUAGACAUCCAAUUUAUUGAUCUCGCAGAACAAGCACUCAGUACGCUGGCGAAAAUCUCUGUUGACUUUCCAGCUUCUAUCGUACGUGAAGGCGGAUUAACCGCGUGUUUGACUUACCUUGACUUCUUCCCCACCAGUACACAACGUACAGCUGUAACAACAGCUGCCAACUGUUGUCGUAAUCUCCCCACGGACUCAUUUCAUGUGGUCAGAGACGUAAUGCCCACAUUACUGCAUGUUCUCUCUAGUAGCGAUCAGAAGGUCGUGGAGCAAGGUUGCCUUUGCGUUUGUCGCGUGGUAGAAAGUUUCAAGUACAAACCGGAUAAACUGGAGGAACUUAUCGAGCCGGAGAUGCUCAGGGCGAUUCUCCGCCUGCUUUUGCCAGGGACUACUAACUUGAUUGGAUCACAUAUUCAUACUCAGUUUCUGCGUGUUCUCGGAAUUGUUUGCAGAUCGAGCCCUCGAUUGUCAAUGGAACUGCUCAAGAUGGAUGUCGUCGAUACGCUUUAUCAAAUCUUGACUGGAGUGUCGCCCCCCUCUGGCGCGAGCGAUGGCACUGUCAAAAUAGACAGCGUUCACGUCAUGCAAGCCCUAAUUCAUCGUCCACGGGAACAGGUUUAUGAAACUCUCAAUGUCAUAUGUGAAAUGUUGCCGGGCGUUCCUGGUGAGGAAUUGCUCACUAACGAUCGGCUUCGCGCUGCGCUUGGUGAUGAUGUCCUUUCGUAUUCAAGUUCGCACAAAGCAGGACAAUCGACUGGAAAGCGAGUGGAAUUGCUGAAACCAUGCAAGGCGGAAAUGAAAAGAUUUUCCACGAUUCUUUUACCCACAUUGACAGAUACGUAUUCUAGCACAGUCAACCUUGCUGUUAGGCAAAAGGUACUUCUUGCACAGUUAAAAAUGUUGCAACAUCUGGAUGUCCAGAUUAUCGAAGACGCGUUACGCAAUGUACCAUAUGCUUCAUUUCUCGCUGCAAUCCUCUCGCAGGACGACCACGUUUCCCUUGUUGCGUUGGCUCUCCGGUGCUCAGAGCUAUUAUUUAAACGCCUAAAGGAUAUCUACCAAUAUCAAUUCCAUCGCGAGGGUGUCAUUUCAGAGAUUACCAGAUUAUCUGAGAAAUUUGUACCGUCUUAUGACAUUGAGACUAAAGAUGACAAAACGAAUCUUGCAGUCGAUAACCAAGACAGCUCCGACGUUGAGGAAGAUAAAUCCGAUGACAACGCUCGUGACGAUUCCCACGAAGAGGACGAGAGCAACGACGAUGAGGACUAUAAUGAUGAUUACGAUGAAGAACACGAUCAUGAUCAAGACCAGGAAGAUAUCUCGGAAUCGGAGGGCUCUUCGUCCUCGGAUGCCGGCCGACUUCGCCCUCGGCGUUUUCAUAACGAAAAACUGGUGGUGGAUUAUGCUAAGGAUUUCCUUCGGCUGUAUGAGCAUACCAAAGCAGCUGGGAUGCAUGAUAAGGCGUUGGACGCUCUUCUCCAUCUGAAAAGCCUCGUAUCAGGUAUCGCUCUUUGUUACAAGCAAACCAAACCUGAAGACGGGUAUUCACUCUUCCAGAAACUCUCAUCGUACUUUACCCAAGAUGCGGUUGAGAGUAUUACAAGUGCGGAAUUGCUCCAGUCUGGCGUUAUCCAAGUUUUACUCGAUGUCAUUGGCGAUUUUCACACCCCUGGAAAUACCGCCAAGACCGACUUUGUUCGUGCUUUUAUGGCUCAAAAUGUUUCGAGCCUGAGCAGUGAUACCGGGUCUAGGACUCCAUUUGGUGUUCUCAUUCAUAAGUUGCAAGAUCUACUUAGCCGGACCGAGCAUUUCGAAGUAAUCACGGUACAUCAUAACUCUUAUGAGAGUCGAAAUAUGACGUCAAUGUUAUCGAAGCAACUUCGUCUUCGGCUAAGUGCAGAGGACGAAUCGGAUAUCCCUAAGGCUUACAAAAAUGUCAUGGUCUCAAUCCAUGCAAUUGCCAACUUUAAGGCUCUGGAUGAGUAUCUACGUCCAAGGAUAGCCAUAUCUGAACGUUCCCGAGCGUCUCGACAUCGUGAUCAUCUCUUACCGCAACAUGGUAAUUCUCAAUCGAAAGAACUAUUAGGAGAGAGGGCAGAAUCCAAUGCCGGCGGAAAAGAUAAGCCCUCAUCGUCCCAACAGCCUGCAUCCUCAACAUCAAGUGAAACCCCACGUGCUGGGAAGGUAAAUGAAAAAUCAAAGACCGCUGCCGGCAUGUCAUCCCAACCGGCGACACCUGGUAGUCCUCGAGAUCGAUCUCGUCGAUCAAGGCGAUCGACAAGACGCCAACCUCCACCUCCCCCUCCCCCGCCACCUCCGCCAGAGGAUGAAAGCGAUGAAUCAGACGAACCUCUAGAAUGUGCGGAUGAACGACAGCUCAGCGAUGACGAUGAUGAUGACGAGGAAGAUGAUGAAGAUGAAGGGCCUCUGGACGCAAUAGUUGAUGACUUGGAAGAUGACCUUUCUGAGAACGGUGCCCCAGAUCCCACAGCGGUGAACAUGGAGGUUGGUUCUAGUGGUAAGGUAACCGCGCGACGAGAUGACGGCACAAAGGUCGCAACGCCCUCGCAGCUGACGCCUGCUGGAAGCUCUGCAUCCACAUCCGCCUCUGCAGCACAGUCACUUCGAAGUUCGCUUGCCUUGGCCGGCCGUCCAUUUUCAUCGUAUGCGGCAGCCAUGGCAUCAGUUCCUCAAGAUUGGCAUAUUGAAUUUAGUAUCGACGGGAAACCGAUCACCCACGAUACAACAGUAUAUCGUGCCAUUCAUCACAAUCGGAAUCCCAUUCCAGAUACUUUCACUGGGAAUGUGUGGUCCGCCAUCCACACAAUUCGUUUCAAGCGUGUGCAAGGACCACCUCCUGCCGAGCCGUCAAAAUUAACGCCGACAAAAUCAACCUCACUCAGCGACCCAGAUACAGAAGAAUUACCAGAGUCUCUUACUGGAGCUGCGACCACAGCUUCUAUUCUAAAGUUGCUUCGCGUUCUACACCGGCUGAACUCUCAGUUAGACUACAUUUUGACCGAAACUAAUGAACCGAUUAAGGUUGUCGUAGAACCACUGUCGCAGUUCAUUAACACCAAGCUCACCGCGAAGCUUAAUCGCCAACUGGAGGAACCACUGAUUGUCGCAAGUAGCUGCUUGCCAAACUGGAGUGAGGAUCUCGCACGUCAUUUCCCAUUUCUCUUUCCAUUUGAGACACGCCACCUGUUCUUACAGUCGACAUCCUUUGGCUAUGCGCGCUCCAUGAUGAGGUGGCAGGGUUCUCAACCCGGAGACGAUAAUCGCCGUGACCAACGUCGUGAUGACCGUCCGUUUACUAGACUUCAGCGACAAAAGGUACGCAUCUCGAGAACCAGGAUUUUGGAUUCCGCUAUGAAGGUCAUGGAGCUCUACGGCUCGUCUCCGAGCGUUCUUGAGGUUGAAUAUUUCGAAGAGGUUGGGACAGGUCUCGGGCCCACGCUGGAAUUCUAUUCUACAGUGUCUAAGGAAUUUUGCAAGAAGAAGCUCAAGCUUUGGAGAGAGCAGGACUCUGCCGAUGGCGAAUACGUUUAUAGCAAGCUCGGUCUUUUCCCAGCACCUCUUGGUCCAGAACAGUUGGCCCAGGACUCCGGAAAGAAGAUCUUGAAUUAUUUCAAAGGCCUUGGGAAAUUUGUGGCUCGGUCUAUGCUCGAUUCAAGAAUCAUCGACAUUGCAUUUAAUCCCACUUUCUUCCAGAUUGGGAACAAUUUCUCAACCUUUAAGCCUUCAGUCGGUGCGAUUAAAGCGGUGGACCCUGAUCUAGCUAAAUCACUCUUGAUGGUUAAACAUUUUGCUGAUGCCAAAGGUGCCAUUGAAAGUAGCUUGUCCCACACUUCGGAAGAAAAAGAAUAUGCGCUCAAGACGUGCGAGGUGGAUGGAGCACGUAUCGGAGAUUUGGGAUUGGACUUCACCUUACCCGGCUAUCCGAAUAUCCACUUAUUGCCUGAUGGAGCAAACACCCCUGUUACUAUAGAGAACGUGCACGUCUAUGUUGAAAAGGUUAUUGAUGUCACGCUUGGGACUGGUGUACGACCACAAAUCGAUGCUUUCCGGUCAGGGUUCUCACAGGUCUUUGCUUAUUCCGCCCUGAAAUCGUUCACGCCAAACGAGCUGGUAAUGCUUUUUGGUCAUGUCGAAGAAGAUUGGUCUAUCGAAACUUUGAUGGACUCGAUUAAAGCGGAUCAUGGGUUUAAUAUGGAUAGUCGUAGCGUGCGGAACUUGCUUGAGACUAUGAGCAAUUUCACUCUUCAGCAGCGCCGCGAUUUCCUACAGUUUGUGACUGGAAGUCCAAAGCUUCCUAUUGGAGGCUUUAAGAGUCUCACUCCCAUGUUCACCGUCGUUUGCCGACCGAGUGACCCACCGUACACUUCUGAUGAUUAUCUUCCUAGUGUGAUGACUUGUGUCAACUAUUUGAAACUACCUGACUACUCGAGUGCCGAAGUACUUCGGAAACAGCUUGAUGUCGCGAUACACGAGGGACAAGGUGCAUUCCAUCUCUCCUAAUUGCGGCUCUCAGACAAAAUGAAUAGUUAUGUAUCCUCCACCUUGAAUCAGAAUUUACAUCGACCCAUUCACACCGGCCUAAAGACGCAAUGUUCGCAGUUACCGCUUCCGAUUCUAUGAUGUCCCCAUGCAUAUAACGUGUGCCCCUUUGCCAUACUUGUUGCUGCGUAAUUAGACAAUGUUUAGCUCUUACAUCUAGGCUGGUGGACGCAAAAGUCAGAGGAACGAAAAAUGGGCUAGUUUGGCUUCUUAUGCAAGAUUUAUAAAUAACCUACAUGGAUGAAACGCUGCAGGAAGGGAAUUUGGCGUUUCCUUGUGCAAUAUAUCUCUGGACUGUAUUACCCACUCAAUUUGAUGCGCUCGGUCUCUCAUUUUUGAAGAUGUAUGUAAUUUUGUUAUAUUGCAUGUAUGCUGCGGACAAUCAGUUCGGCGCCAAUUUGCUAUUCGACUGCCACAAAAAAAAUUGUCCUCAGUCAUCUUGAGCUG